AAUUGUAAUUGAAAGAAAAUUUAAAAAAAUGACUUCUACAAAUAAUAACAAUAAACCAGAGUAUUUAACAAAAGAAUAUGUGGAAAAAAUAUUAAAAAAAUAUUUGAAGGAUAAAGAAGUAAAAGUAUUAGGUAUGGAAAUAGCACCGGCUACAGCAAAAGGAGAAAGUUUUUGCAGUAUAAUGACUAGAGUGAAAAUCAGUUAUAAAAUAGAUCGAGAAAGAGAUGAGAAACUAGUAAAUUUUAUAAUCAAAUCUACAUAUGAAAAUGAUCCUUAUUUAUCUGGGGUUCUGAGGCAAUACGAUGUCUAUAAUACCGAAAUGCAAAUGUAUGAAACAGUUUUACCACAAUUGCAACAAAUGCUUUAUGAAAUCGGUGAUAGCGAUCAGUUGUGUGCAAAAACUAUACAUGUAGAUAAUGAUCGUGAUGUUAUUAUAUUUGAGGAUUUAAGAGAACGUAAGUUUACCAUGGCCAAUCGUUUAGAGGGUAUGGAUGAGCAGCAUAUAAAACUUUGUUUGAGAAAACUAGCAAAAAUGCAUGCCACCGCAGCAGUUCUAAAUGAACGUCAAACUGGUAUAUUAGAGAAAUUCAAUCAUGGUAUAUAUAAUAGACAUGUCAAUAUUUAUGGUAUAUUUGUUGAAAAUGUUAUGAAAGUAAGUGCCAAAUAUGCCGCAACUUGUCCAGAGUUGGGUAAAUAUUAUGCUGAAAAAUUAACCAAACUAAUACCCCAUGCUGUUGAAUAUGUAACUAGAUGCUACGAUCCUAAUCCUAAUCAUUUUCUAACAUUAAAUCAUGGUGAUAUAUGGACUAAUAAUAUAAUGGUUCAAUAUAAUGACAGUGGUAAGGGAAAACCGACUCUACAAGAUAUUUUAUUAAUUGAUUUUCAAUAUUGUUGUUGGAGUUCUCCAGCUGUAGAUCUUCAUUAUUUUCUUACAACCUCCUCGCAAGAUGAUCUACUGUUAAAUCAUCAACCAAAAUUUAUACAAUACUAUCAUCAAGUAUUGUCGGAAAAUUUGUUAAAAUUAAAAUAUAAAAAGCAGAUACCAACACUACAUGAACUUAAUGUACAGCUAUUGGAAAGGUCAUAUUGGGCUCUUUCCUGUACAUUGGUGAACUUUCCACUUCUGAUCAACGAUAAAACCGAGGAUGCAGAUUUUGAAAGUGUAUUGGGAAAUGGUGAGAGAUCUCAAAGACUUCAUAAUGUUCUAUAUACAAAUAAAAGAGUACAAAAAAUUGUUAAUUUAAUGUUGCCCAGAUUUGAUAAAAUGGGUCUAUUAGAUCUUAAAUAGUAAAAUAAAUACAACAAUUUAAAUUAAUUAAU